GCUUCUAUUUGUGCUCAAAAUUCACUAUACUUCGGUCAUCCGGUCACAGGGUGGCGCAGCUGUCUGUAUAUGAUCGUCACUUCCGCUGCUGUUAUUCAGGAAGCUCGAACGCCGGCGGGAGAUCGUCGGAUCAAAGCCUUUUAAACCUAGUAACUGCCCGCGCUGAAACAGCAUGGCCGACAGCGACGAUGAGUACGACCGCAGACGCAGAGACAAGUUCCGCCGGGAGCGGAGCGACUACGACCGGUCCCGGGAGAGAGAGGACCGCCGCAGGGAGGACUGGAACGACCGGCGGCCCUCGGCUAGAGAGUGGGACCGGGGCCGCGAGCGACGCAGCCGAGGGGAGUAUCGUGACUACGAGAGGGGCAGGCGAGAGAGGUUUUCCCCUCCACGUCAUGACAUGAGCCCUCAGCAGAAGCGCAUGAGGAGAGACUGGGAUGACCAUGGAGGUGACCCUUACCAUGGUGGCUAUGAUCUGGGUUAUGGAGGUGGAGGAGGGCCCGGCUACGCCCCUCCUCAGCCGUGGGGUCACCCGGACAUGCACCUGAUGCAGCCUCAUCAUGGCAUCCCCAUCCAGGCCAGGCUGGGAAACAUCCAUGAUAUGGAUCUUGGUCCUCCCCUUCCUGUGAUGAAGACCUUUAAGGAGUUCCUGCUGUCCCUGGACGACUCUGUAGAUGAGACUGAGUCGGUCAAACGCUACAAUGAGUACAAGAUCGAUUUCAGGCGGCAGCAGAUGCAGGACUUCUUCCUGGCCCAUAAAGAAGAAGAGUGGUUUCGUACUAAGUACCACCCGGAUGAGGCUGGGAGGCGUAAAGCAGAAGCCCACAGUGCUCUACAGAACCGGCUGAACGUCUACAUGUAUCUGAUGGAUAACAACUUGUUUGAAUCUGUCUCUUUGGACAUAGAGCAUGCUCCGCAAAUCACCAAGAUUUUAGAUACAGCUGUAAUAAAGAUGGAAGGAGGAACGGAAAAUGACCUGCGCAUCCUGGAACAGCCCAAUGAGGAAGAGGAGGAGCGAGAGAGGCUGUCAUCCGGUGGACCUGGUUCUGAACCUCCCAAACGGGACGAGCCCAGGCCCGCGGAUGUUGAGCGCAAACCCUCGACUGAAAAAGACAAGAUGGGUGAAGGUGAUGAGGGCACUGAGAAGGAUGCGGCCGCUUCUGCAGGAGGGAGUGAAGGAGAGGAGAAGACUGAGAAAGAAGCACCUGCUGAACCGAUGCCAGAACCCAAGAAGCUAAGUAAGAAGAGGAAGAGGAAGCACAGUGGAGACAGUGAAGACGAAGCCAGUGCAUCUGACAGCGAAUCCGAUUCUGACUCCGACUCGAACUCUCACUGCUCGGAGAAACCCUCAGAAAGAGAGAGAGAACCCGACGAGGGAGAGGAGAAGGAGGAAGAGGAAGAAGAGGAGGGGGAAGCCACUGAUGUGAAGGAGCGGACGGAGGAGCAGAAGGAAAGGGAGAAAGAAAAGGAGAAGAAACCAAAGGACGAUCAGCCUCCACGGCCUCGACCUCUUCACAGGACAUGCUCUCUCUUCAUGAGGAGCAUCGCUCCAACCAUAUCUAAGGCGAAAAACCUUUGUCGCCGUUAUCCGGGAUUUGUGCGUGUGUGUUUGUCAGAACCGCAGCCAGAGCGCAGGUUUUUCAGGCGUUGUUGGGUGACCUUCGACAGAGGCGUGAACAUCAAAGAGAUCUGCUGGAACCUUCAGAACAUCCGGCUGCGGGACUGUGAGCUGGCUCCUGGGGUCAAUCGAGAUCUGGCACGUCGUGUGCGGAACGUAAACGGAGUCACUCAGCACAAGCAGGUUCUCCGUAAUGACAUCAAGCUGGCUGCUAAACUGAUCCAUGCCCUGGAUGACAGGGAGAGGCUGUGGAGCCACAAACCCAGAGAAGAGACACACGCUCUGGAGCUCCCUGCACAGAACCCCAUUUUGAAGAACAUCACCGAUUACCUGAUUGAGGAAGUGAGCGCAGAGGAGGAAGAGCUUCUGGGAAGUGCAGGGGGAGUCGAUUCUGAGGAGGCAUCCAAAGAGGGAAACCCCACUGAGAUAACUGUGGAGAGAGAUGAAAAACUCGUCAAGGUGUUGGAUCGUCUCCUCUUCUAUCUGCGUAUCGUACACUCUAUUGAUUAUUACAACACCUGCGAGUACCCGAGCGAGGACGAGAUGCCCAACCGCUGCGGCAUUAUCCAUGUGCGAGGACCCAUUCCCCCCAACCGCAUCACUCACAGAGAGGUGGCUGACUGGCAGAAGACAUUCGAAGAGAAGCUGGGAUCCUUGUUCAGUGUGAAGGAAACCCUGUCUGAAGACGAGGCAGCAAAGAUGGGCCGCAAAGAUCCAGAACAGGAAAUGGAAAAGUUUGUGCUGGCCAACACACAGGAACUGGGCAAAGACAAGUGGCUUUGUCCUCUGAGUGGCAAAAAGUUUAAGGGCCCAGAGUUUGUGAGGAAGCACAUUCUAAACAAACAUGGUGACAAGAUUGAGGAAGUAAAGAAAGAGGUCGUCUUUUUCAACAACUUCCUGAUGGAUGCAAAAAGACCCUGCAUCCCAGAGAUGAAGCCUCCACCUCCUCCGGGCCCAGGACAGGGAGUGCUUUCACCUGGAGGUCUUCCGUUCCCUCCUCAGGGCCCUCAGGGUCUCAUGGGUUUUGGCCAGCCCAGACCUCCAGUUAUGGGUUAUGGAGGUGGUCCUCCUUACCCACCUAACCAGUAUGGUGGAGGUGGCAGGGGCAACUACGACAACUUCCGUGGACAAGGAGGUUACCCUGGAAAACCUAGAAACAACCGAAUGAUGCGCGGGGAUCCUCGAAAUAUCAUUGAAUAUCGCGAUUUAGACGCUCCAGAUGAUGUGGACUUCUUUUAGAGCUCCAGUUUUAUUCUUUCCAUUUUAAUCCUUUUUUUUUUUUUUUUUUUUUUUUUUUUUUUUUUAUACAGUUGUCUCAGCAUUUUCUCUUUUUUUUUUGCAUUCGUUGCAGAAGCUGCCCCUUACUGUCUUCUGUUCGCUCAUAUGUAUUACAGUAGUGCUGCACCUGAAGUGAACGCAUGUCCUUUAUGUUGAAUUCACUGCAUAUUGAGCUUGUGCUUGUGGCAUUUUUUUCUUCCAAUAAAACUUUGAUUUGGAUCAUU